GAGAUUAUGGAAUGUUGUGAUGUCAUCAGCUCAACCAUACACAAAGACGAGGAGGACCCACAGGCGCUGCUGUGACUCCCUCAGCUCAGUUAGCAUACUCUGCUGUGGAGCGGCUGUCUACAUCCCACUAUUGUUCCAAAGAUGACCUCCAAAGAACUCUAACAUCUUGGUGGGGAAACUGUGAGCGCAGCACAGAAACGAAACAAGAUUUUUGUGUGCUUGUUUGUGUAUGAGAGAGAGAUGUGUGAGAUUGUACUGUAUAUACAAAAGUACAUGUAGAAAGACCAAGCACCUUAAUUCAUGAGUUCAAGAGUUACUUUAGGGACAAAGAAGAAACUACAAAAGUCUUCUGCUGACAUGAGACUAUAAGCCAUUCUUAUAAACUCUACGCUUCAAGAAGCUGCCAAAAAGACAGCACCUCUUGCCUUCAACUGCUUGCCGAGCGGUACCAGGUUAGCCCACCAUUCAGCCGCCAACAUGCUGCAGCAGAUUUUAAAGGACAUGUACAUCGACCCCGAUGUGCUGGAAGCUCUUAAUGAAGAGCAGAAAAAGACACUCUUCCUGAAAAUGCGCGAAGAACAGGUGCGGCGCUGGAAAGAGCGGGAGGAGAAACUGGAGAGAGAAGGGGAGGAUGCAGAGUCCAAGCGAGCAAAGCCGAGAAAAGCCAACGAUAAGAGUGUCAGCUGGCAGCUCGGCAGGGACGGAGACGUUGCGGUUAUUGUGAUCGGGGAGGUGGAUGAGCUGAGCUCCAAAUUCAUCUGCUCGGGAUUUGGGGAGAAGAAAACGCCAAGCCUGCAGAACACGUGCCUUCAAACUAUAUUGAAGAGCAGAAAAAACACAGAACCUGUCAGGACUGAGAGACAGAACCUCCCCACUAGAACGCAACCGGGCAUCUCACUGAAUCUAAAGCAGGGAAAAUGUGAGGAGAGGAGCACUUUACUCCCUCUGCCGGUGUCAGUGAGCGAGCAUUCAACGCUUCCAGCAACUGAAAAGCCCGAGUUGAAGUCAGCCAAUGCAACUGAGGAGAAGUCACUUCCCCAGCUCUCCAUCUGCUCCAGGCCUCCCAUGAGAGCUAGCCCUGUCAACACGAGACUGGCUUCUGGAAAUGCGGCACCAGGCUAUGUCAACACGAGACCUGGCCCCACAAAUCUGAGGCUGGCUACUGCCGUGCCAUCCUCUUCUCCCAGCAGCGCUGUCAAAAUAGACUCUGGCACGACGUCACCAACCAAAGGGAGCCUGCACUCAAAGGAACCUCAGAACCCGCAAGGAUCACUGGGUGGUAAAGAUAUUGGCGAAAAGCUUCAAAAGGCUGCCUCAGAGGAGCCGAGGAAAUCAGGGAGUGCACCAAUCUGUGCAGGGCGUGGCCGCGUGGCUCAGCUGACGAAAACCUUCAGUACCGAUCAAACUGCAAACCCCAUGCAGACCACUUCCCGUGGGUUCAAGCCACCUCUUCCCACAAAACCUAGCCACUUGCGUCAAACGAGCACACCUACUGUCAGGUAAUCCUUACACUGGUGAACAGACACCCACCCACCCAGCUUCAUGCAUCCCUGUGAUUCAGAUCACCUACUGUGAUGCCUCAUUCAGAGGCUUAAUGGGAUGGACUCCAAAGGUGGUUCAGAAGUGGUAAUGUUCACAUUGUUGCGAUCACUCUGAAAGCGCAGUGAUGGAAAUGCUUGAAUGUAAUGUUUUUCUUUUAGUUUUUUUUUUUGAUGCUGCAGUACUGUAAACACUUUUGAAGGCAAAAAAAAAAAAUUUCCAAAGAAGUUGAUUGCAUUUGAAAGUUUUUAAACAUCUUGGCAGGAAAAUGAUGACACACAUUUUUCACAUGAAUUUACUUAUCAAUGUUUUUCACUCCAUAUAAGCAUGGAAAAAUGCACCAUUUUUCUAAAGCACAGUUUUUACCCUAAUUCACAAAGUCUGUGCACACAAUAUUUACUUACAAGUUGCCUUUUCUUUUGAUUACUUAUAAGACGGUUUACAUUAGCUGGUGUGCACACAGGCCUGGUUCUAUUUUUCCUCCUUAUUUCUGUCUUCUUGAACAAAAGAAUGGGCAUUGGGGGAAGGGGGGGGGCAUAAGGGUGUGAAAGAAGGCACAGUAAGGGCCUCCUUUAUCUUGCUGUCUCCUCCCUGGGAAUAGUGUAGAGUUGUUUAUUUGUCAUAAUGCAAUGUAUGUCUCCCUCUGCCACCUGGCAGGAAGCUCACUGCGACCUGUUGUGGACCAAUGACAGUGCCAAAUGCACUUAUCUGUCACUCCCAGUGGAUCAAAUCCUGGCAAGUUAGACAGUUGCUGCCAAAUAAUCCAGCUUUUCAUUCUUUUUUUUUUCUUUUUUUUUAAGUCAUGUUUUUAAGAUGUGUGGAUGUACUUUUUUUUUGGUUGUUGUUUUUUGAAUUUUUCUAUAUGGAGAAUGAAACUUUGUAACGGGAUGUUUCUGAAAUGUUCACCUAUAAAAUGAGUACCAUCUUUUUCAUUUUUUUUUUAUGUCAAGGUUGUCUG